GAGGGCCACUAACCCUGCCGCCGCACCGGAUCCCGCUGACCCCUCCCCUCCUACUCCCCUGCGUCCGCUCAUCGUCUCCCCGCUCCAAACCCUAACUCCAAUCCGGAACAGCCUAAAAAAAUCGCGAAAAUCGCGCAGAAUUUCGCUCCAAACUACUCCCUGGUCCCUCCCCUGGGCGGUGAUGCAAUGAUGCACAUGCUGGUGGCCCCGGAUGGGGGCGGAGGGGAGCUUCAUCCGUACGGCGCGCCGCCGGCGCCGGUGGAGCAGGAGCUGGAGCUCCUCCGCGACACCGCCGACGACGGCCUCGAGGGCCACGUGCGGUGCCUGCGGUGCGGGAUAUCUGGCAAUGCGACGCCCCAUAUGCGGCGUGGCCCUGAUGGCCCAAGAACUCUUUGUAAUGCGUGUGGCAUUGCUUACAGGAAGGGUAAAAUGAGAAGAAUGAUAGAAGCUGAACCGCCCAUAGAUGAGGCUGCACUCGCAAAGCUAGUUCCAGAAGUAGGCAUGGAAUUUGAGAGUGAGGAAAAGGCAUACGAAUUCUACAACAAAUAUGCUGGCCAUAUUGGCUUUAGUGUUAGAAAAAGUACAUCACAUAAAUCUUCUGAAAAUAUUACCAAAGUAAGGACUUUUGUGUGCUCAAGAGAAGGCUACAACAGGGAUAAAAAAUCACUGGAAGCAAAGAAGCCAAGAUUGGAUACACGAAUUGGUUGCCCAGCGAGAUUGAUUAUUAAAGUCACACCGGAGUGCAAGUAUAGAGUGACCGAUUUCAAAGCAGAACACAAUCAUCAGCUGGCCCCUCCUUCUACAAUGCAUAUGUUAAGGUCGCAGAGGAUAUUGACAGAACUUCAGUCUGGAGAAGCAGAACUAUCAGAUGAUUCUGUAGUGACACCAACAACAAAAGCAACUGGUGAUCUUGUUGUGAGACAAGUCAGUUUCCUUCGGAACAUCUCUCUCCUUCCAGCUGAUUACAAGAAUUAUCUCCGUUCGAAGCGUAUGAAGGCUAUGCAACCUGGUGAUGGUGGAGCAAUAUUGAAAUAUCUGCAGACAAUGCAAAUGGAUAACCCCUCGUUCUUUUACACUACGCAGAUUGAUGAGGAUGACAGGCUGACUAACUUUUUUUGGGCAGACCCAAAAUCAAGAGAUGACUUCAACUACUUCGGUGAUGUACUCUGCUUAGACACAACAUACAAAAUAAAUGGAUAUGGUAGGCCACUUGCAUUGUUCCUUGGUGUGAAUCAUCAUAAACAAACAAUUAUUUUUGGUGCAGCUAUGCUUUAUGAUGAAUCAUUUGAAUCAUACAAGUGGCUUUUUGAGAGUUUUAAGAUUGCUAUGCAUGGAAAACAGCCUACUGUAGCUUUAAUAGAUCAAUCUAUUCCAUUGAGUAGUGCAAUGGCAGCAGCCUGGCCAAAUACCACACAACGAAUUUGUGCUUGGCAUAUAUAUCAGAAUUCUCUUAAGCAUCUCAAUCAUGUCUUCCAAGGUUCAAAGACAUUUGCAAAGGACUUUAGCAAAUGUGUCUUUGGCUAUGAGGAUGGAGAUGAAUUCUUGUUUGCAUGGAGAAGUAUGCUAGAAAAGUAUGAUCUUAGACAUAACGAAUGGCUGUCUAAAGUGUUUGAUGAGAAGGAACAAUGGGCCUUGGCAUAUGAUAGGCAUAUAUUUUGUGCGGACAUCAUAAGUGCACUUCAAGUCGAGAGUUUCAGUAGUAUUUUGAAGAAGUUCUUGAGUCCUCAACUGGAACUACUGUCCUUCUUCAAGCACUAUGAAAGAGCAGUGGAUGAACAUCGCUAUGCUGAGCUGCAAGCUGACUUCCAAGCUAGUCAGAGCUAUCCAAGAAUACCCCCAGCCAAGAUGCUAAAGCAAGCUGCUCAUACAUAUACACCAGUGGUGUUUGAGAUCUUUCGUAAAGAGUUUGAGCUAUUCAUGGACUCUGUGUUAUUCAGUUGUGGGGAGGCUGGGACAACAUCUGAGUACAAGGUUGCUUCAUCUGAGAAACCCAAGGAACACUUUGUUCGAUUUGAUUCAAGUGAUUGCUCCUGUGUGUGCACUUGUAGGAAGUUUGAGUUUAUGGGCAUCCCAUGUUGUCACAUGCUGAAGGUGCUGGACUACAGAAAUAUCAAAGAGCUACCUCAAAAAUAUCUGCUGAAGCGAUGGAGGAGGACUGCCAAAUCUACAAAUGAAGACAACGAAGGCAAUGCAACAAAUGCUAAUGGAUCAUCAUUGAAUGUUCCUGCUCCGGCUGCAAAUCACCAUGGGCUUCAAAGCUUCAGUGCAAUGAUUCAAGAUGCAUCUGUUUCUAGUAUGCAUUAGAAUUCAUUUCACAGGAGCUCCUGAUCCAGGGCCACUGAAGCAGAGGAUGGGCUGCCGUGAAGUGCCCCUGAAUAAGUUGCCAGACUGUAUAUUAUUCAGCCGUAGGAAAUUUCAGUUGCUAAGGCACCGAUCCUUAGUGUAGAGUAGAUUAUGAUUGAAAAUGCUUGUAUUGCGCUGGAAAUAAUUCAGGAAAUUUUGUGCGUACCGCAAGCUCUCCCUUUUGAUGGUAGCCCAUUUAUUAGGUAGAAGGCAUGCCUAGGUAGAAAUGUCAUUCAAGCAGUUGAACCGACUGUAUGCUGGAGGAGAUGAUGCGUCUGAAAACUUGUGCAGGCAGCCUGACUGGACCAUAUUGUGUGGAGAGCAAGUAGACCCCUCAUGAUACCAAGUCCUGUACGAUUCAGUUAGAUUCAGAUCUGUGGUUUCAUUUCUGCCCGCAGCUGAGCUGGACGGCUCAUGCAUUGAAGCGUUGGGGGCAAGCCAGAGCAGCUUGCGUCGGCUUUGGCUGUGGAUCUCGGCUGGUCCGACCGGGCUGGAGGGCUAGGUGCUCCAGCGUCCAGCGAUGCUCCUAGCUUAGCGCCUGCCGCCUGGUAUGCUUGCAAUCUCUCUGGUUCAGAGGUGAUGUACUGAUGUGUGCUUGACCAAUGGUUCAUGUCUGUGUAUAGUGUACACCACAUUUUUGGAUCAUUA